GGCCGAGCUGCAGGGUGAUGAUCUCCCGAGGCAUGGCUGUCUCUGCCGGGGUACCUCUCCCGCCUCACCGGCCGCGCUCUGUCAACCAAACAGGGAACGACGUCACUGUACGGAAACCUGGGCCGCCAUGUUCGGCCGCGGCACGUGACCACCAUUGGAACCCUCGGGCCUGCGAGUGACGUCAUCGUACGGAAUUCACAGCCAGCCCCCACUUCUCCGCCUACUUCGUGAGUAGGAGGGGCUUCUGCCUUCUGACGUCAUAUGAAAGAAGCCUAUCUGUGAUAAAUUGAAUAGUAUUUUAUCGAUUUCCACAGGAGGAGACUUUCCAUUCGGUUAUCGGUACAUUACAACUCCGCCUGUGGUAUUUUGUUUACGUUAGUGAAAGGCUCCUUGUGAGCGGAGCGGGCUGUUAGAACUUCGCUGAUUGGUUCCCUCUCGGCUGACGUGUUUCGGAGCGGCGUUUCUGAUUGGCUCCCGUGUGGAAACCCCCUGAAGUGAGAGGAUUGGGAGAAAGAAACACAAACAGACUGCCUGGUCUCCUGUGCAGGGGGUCGCCAUGAUGCUAGCUGACAGCUGAGCGCAUGCGCACUCUGUACCCGAGCAGCACCGUCCCUGCCUCUACCAUAGACACACACACAGUGCCCACCGGGCUCAGCGGACUCCUGGCUUCCCCCCUCUCCCGGCAUUAGAGCGCUGCCCCUGACGUCACUGGUCCCGGUGUUACCCCAAUGGUGAGAGUCUGGUGAGUGUGGAUCAGUAGCAGCCGGCGGCGGCGAGGGGGGCACCGAGGGGAACAUGGCACAGAGAGCAGAGGAGGAGAACAGCUCCGGGCUGAGGAGCAGGAGGAGCGGGGCCCGCUCACUGGCCGCCCGGGAGAGGGAUGAGCAGGUCCAGGCCGUGCAGGACGCCUUGCUGCAGAGACUGGGCAGCUACGAGCCGGUGCUGAGCUACCUGCAGGCGGUGCUGGUGUGGGAGAGGCCUCGGCACAGUGCUCUGCUCCAUCUGGGCCUCAAUGCUGCCUUCUGGUGAGAUCUGUGGGUGUAUGUCCUGGGGGAAUAUUUCUUAUGGUAUUGGGGGAUACUGAGAGGGGCAACAUGCAGUGUUAGAGGCAGAUAGAGUGGUCCUGGAAUGGGCAGCAUAUAUGGUGUAUAAGCAUGGGAUGUGUGAAAGGGCAAGUAGAGUGGUCCAGACAGGGGCAGCAAGAGAUGCUUGAAAGGGGUAGCAUGGGAUGUUUGACAGGGGCAAGUAGAGUGGUCCAGGCAGGGGCAGACAUGGUGGUCUUGGAAGGGGCAGCAUUGGAUGUUUGAAAGGGGCAUGUAGAGUUGUCCAGGCAGGGGCAGACAUGGUGGUCUUGGAAGGGGCAGCAUUGGAUGUUUGAAAGGGGCAUGUAGAGUGGUGUUUGAAAGGGGCAUGUAGUGUUCCAGGCAAUGGGUAGACAUGGUUGGUGAUCUUGGAAGAGGCAGGGGACAUCAAUGUGCUGCUAUCACUUCUAGCCUUUGGCACUCAAGCUGCUGUGAACGAUGUUUUCCACUAUGCUCUUUGCAUUACAAGUGCAUAUUGAUUCAGUUUCCCACCAUGCUCAGCCACUUUAAGGUGUGUGACAUCAGUAUUUGUGGUGAUGGGCUGUCAAAGCAAACUGUGUGGGCAAGCACAUGUGUCUGGACAACUGGUGUGACAGUCUCACACAGGCUGAGCAAAUCGUAUUGACAUGUUACACUCAGCGGUGUCAAGUAAAGGGUUACACCUGUCAUUUCUGCAUUGCAUAGAUAGAAUCCGUGUUGUUUACUGAAGUGUGAAUUUCAACUUUAAGGUUGAUGAAAUGGAAGCAAUCUUUAAGUCACCUGUUUUGCCCUAAAAAUUUAAAUUACAAUCACGCUUCAGUACUAGGGUAGGCAAUCUUAAAGGACCACUAUCGUUUCAGGAAAACAAACUCAUUUUCCUGGCACUAUAUAGUCCUUAGGUCCCCCCCUCCCCAUCCUCAGGGCCCCCUUCCCUCUGGGCUGAAGGGGUUAAAACCCCUUCAGCCACUUACCUUUAUCCAGUGUCGGGCUAUCUCGGCGCUGAUGACCUCUCCUCCCCUCCGACAUCAGCUCCCGAGUGGAGCCGAAUGUCUGGCCAGAGGUGCGCGCAUUCAUACCGCCCAUAAGAAAGCAUUACUCAAUGCUUUCAUAUGGACGUUCUGCGUCUUCAAUGCGAUUUUAGCAUUGAGCGUCGCGAAAGCGGCUCUAGCGGCUGUCAGGAAGACAGCCACUAGAGGCUGGAUUAACCCUGCAAUGUAAACAUAGCAGUUUCUCUGAAACUGCUAUGUUUACAGCUGCAGGGUUAAAACCUUGGGGAUCUGGCACACAGAACACAUCAUUGAGCUGAAGUGGUCUGGGUGACUAUAGUGGUCCUUUCAGCACUCCAUUAUGCUCUUACAUUGAUAGUGCUGGCAAAGCAUUUUGAGUGUCCAGAACCUUUCUGGCACUUCAUUCUCAUAACAAAAAAAAGACACAUUAAAAGAUAGAAUAUCAUGAAAUUGUACGCUGUGUUCUCACUUUUGAAAUAUUCUAGGCUUUGCUGUCUUUACACCAAUAAAAAAAAAAACACAAAACCUAAACAUUUUGUGUUUAUAAUUGUUUCUGUUAAACUUUUUUUUAAAACUUUAUAAUACUUGAUACUGAUGUGUAGAUAGUAGUCACUAGCAUUUUAGGGACAUUUUACUUUGUAUUGUUAUGCAAAUAAACAUACCUGGCGUACAGUUUGCAUCUAUGCAUUCCAAGUAAUAAAGCAGUCUCAAACCAUGUACAUUCUGUUAUUUCCAGAUGUUCAGGCUUGAUCUUCAACUGCAACAUUCUUUUUCCAAAGUAUCUUUUGACAAACAUAUUGAAGAGGGAAAAAAAGGCUUGGCUUAGUCUAGCUAACCGAUGUAUUAAAGAGACCUAUUCAUCAGACUGAUUUUCUUGCAAUUUUUGUCUCCUCAUACUUCCAAUAGUAAUAUAUAUUGUAUACAAGUCUUGUGAAUCAUUGUUAGUUGUUAAAGAUGUUGCAGCAUAAAGCACUGUACAGCUUAUAUUUAGCUUUAGCGUUGUUGAGUAAAAAGAGUAAACAUUAUUUUUGGGCAUACAAAAUGGCCUCAUGUCCUCGCUUAUAUUAAAUUCUCACGUUCAAAUUCUUCCGCUCUAGUUGGUACAAAACUGCAAGUGAUGUGUCUGAUCUUUUAUUUUUGUGUGUGUUUAUGUAUGGAUAAAGUCUUACUUUGCUGCGCUCCUACAGUUUGACUCUCUCCUCUGCAAAAGAAAACUACUUCAAUACCCUUAUGUUCACACUCUCCCACAAACCCAAACGCCUAUUUCACACUUUAAAUUCUCUUCUUCGCCCUGUUGCUGCUCUUCAUACCAAUUUGACUGCCACAAACUUUGCAACUCACUUCACUGAGAAGAUUUCUACAAUCAGGGUAGACAUCUAUCUCUCUCCUUCCCGUACCAAUACUUUCCCCAAACCCACUCCCUCCACCCACUCCCUCCACUGUUCUAUGCCCAUUCGCACCUGAUACUGCAGAAGAGGUCUCUGCUUUGCUCCGGUCCUCCCUCCCCACCACCAGUUCCCUCGACCAUAUUCUCUUGUAUCUCAUCUGCACUCUGUCUCCUUCUCUUGCUCUGCCUCGUACUAUAACGUUCAAUCUCUCCCUCUCCUCUGGCAUAUUUCCUUCACCCUUCAAACAUGCAACUGAAACCCUGAUUAUGAAAAAGCCCAACCUUGACCUUAAGAACCCAUCUAACUACAUCCCUAUCUCGCUGCUGCAGUUUGCCUCCAAGAUUUUUGAGAGAGUUGUGUAUCUGAGACUGACAGGCAUCCUUGAAUCCAACUCUCUGCUUGACCCACUCCAGUAUGGAGUCCACACUCGUCACUCUGUCAAAACGGAUGUGAACGUAUCCAAUGAUUUAAUCGCUGCUAAAUCUUGUGGUCACUAUUUGAUUCUAAUUUUUCUUGACCUUUCUGUUGCUUUUGACACUGUUGAUCAUCAACAGCUUCUUCUCUUCCUCUAUAUUCUCGGUCUUUGAGAUACUGCUCCUCCUACCUCAGUGUUUUGGGUUUUUUUUGUGUGUUUUUUUUACUCCUCCGGCUCUUCUCCCCAACCUCUCUGUUGGUGUUCCCCAAGGUUCUGUCUUGGUCCCCUGCUGUUCUCGAUCUACACUGUCUCCCUUGGCUUCCAAUAUAAUUUCUAUGCAGAUGACACGCAAGUCUAUCUGUCCUCUCCUGAUCUCUUGACGCCCCUUUUGAACGGCUUCCUGUGGAACUCCCUUCCCUUCUCCAUCAGACUCUCACCCCGUUUUCAUUUCUUAAAAAAAUAAAUGAAAAUUCACUUUUUCCGGAAAGCAUAUCAAUUAAACUAAUAACCGCUUUCCCUUCCCGCACCCUGAUUCCUCUCUUGCAACUAUCAUUAAAAAAAAUAAAAAACAAAGCACUAAGCCCUUAGUGAAUACUAUUCUAGCAAUCUACAUUCCUACCCUAUCCUUGCCUCUUGGUUCACUAUACCCCACUACCUCUUCCUGUGCGUCCAACUUGUCUGGUCACAUAGACUUUUUUUGUUAGUCCACCCAUUGUACAGCGCUGCGGAAUUUGUUUGCUUUAUAAGUAAUAAUAAUAAUAUACAAAGAUGAGUUGUGAUACAAGUGGUUAAAGCGUGAUGAGUGCACUUAACACACAGGUUUGAUAGAAAAUAGACACCAUUCUGUCAGAGGGUCGUAAAUAUCUUGUGUGAAGAUCACAGAGAGAGGAAAAAAAACAAGCAAAUACUAGUGCAGAAGAUGGUGCUGGAAGGGGGAGUGAAAAUAAAGACAUAAUAAUUAUAUUGAGAAUGCAUGAAUUCACAUCCAAGAGUUACAGGGUAUGCAUGAAGGCCUUUAUCCAGCAUACACAUACAUGUACAUAUACACAAGUAGUGUAUACAUACUACACAAGUAAAUAUAACCAAAUGCUGAAAUUUAUGUACAUCCACACACAAGCACCAAUACACGUACCUACACAUACAUAGACCCAUAUAUAUGUAUACAUGCAUGUAUAUAAACACUUUAUACACACACACACACACACACAUAAAUAUAUAUAUAUAUAUAUAUAUAUAUAUAUAUAUAUAUCCAUGCACAUGAACUCAUACACAAAUAUAAAUGCACAGUCACAUAUAUAAACAUACAUGCAUAAGAGUAUGGGAAAGCAUAGGUCUACACAUAGUACUUUGUAUAUUGAUAGAAUAAACAUAUUGGAAUGCAUUUUAAAAUGUUGAUACAUUACAACAGUAAGAUAAUGCUGGGGGAGUGUUCAUGUUAAGUGUUGGUAGCGGGACAGGAAACCCAAAUCAAUAUUUAGUCCUCUGUUCUUGCUGUUAAACAAUUUGAUCAUUCUGGCUUCAAAAGUUUUUUUUCUUUCUUGGGUAUUUUUAAAACCCCCUUUCAGUACUUUGAUUUUUAGGUCCUUCAUUGAGUGGCCAGGCUGGGUAAAGUGAUGUCCCACAGGAGUGCAGUACGAUCCUUCUUUGUGGUGUUUAAUGGAGUGUCUGUGCAUAUUCAUUCUGCCAUUUAAUUGCUGGGUGGUUUCCCCAGUGUAGCAUCCUAGGUGACAUUUGGUGCAUUGAAUCAUGUACCACAUUGCUGGAUGUGUACGAUUAUGAACCUUUAAUGCUGUAGGUUUCAUUGUACCUUAGUAGCAUGUUGUGUAUGCAAGGGGCAGAUGCGGGCAAUGUUUUUACGGUGAAAUUGAUGAUUAGGCAAUAGACGGAAUUUAAGAUGUGCAGGUGAGGCCAGAAUCAAAGGCCAAGGCAGCGUGCUUGGAAGGACAGGCUGAUGUACAUGCAAUCAACAUGCAGGGACAAGGUGAUUAGUAUUACGAGGUGGUAAAAUAAGCCCAAUUUUAGAAAGAUUGGAAGCGGAAGGACAUCUAAUCUGAGACUGAACAGAGACACACCAGUGACACAUUGUAAGUCAGCGGACGAAAGAUCAGAGGAGGUGUUUAUCUGGUUGUCAUUGGCCAACAGGUGUUUGCAGAAUCCAAAAGAAUAAUACAUUUGCCAAGAGAGACAGUAUAAAGAGAAAACAGAAGGAGGACCAAGGACAGAGCCUUGGGGACUCUAACCAUGACAGAAUGAGGGGAGAAGGUGUUACUAGAAGGAGACAUUGAAGGACUGUUGGGAGAGGUGAGAUGAGUACCACAAAAGGAUAGUAACACAAAGGCUAAUGGUGGGAGACUGUGAUCAGUAGUUUCAAAGGCAGCAGAAAGAUUUAGAAAAUUAGUAUGUAAGCAGGCAUUAGUGGCCUUUGGAUUUAGCCGCAAUUAGAUUAUUAGUUACUUUAAUCAGAGCAGUCUCAGUAGAAUGAAGGGGGCUGACGACAGAUUGAAGAGGGUCGAGGAGGGAGUUUGAGUAUUGAGAGCAAUGACUUGUUCUUUGCAUAAGUGAAAUUGGUGUGAUUUUAUUAUUGAAUGUUGGAGAAUAGAACACAUGGCUGAAAUGCGAAUGUAUUCUGCAUGACAUCAUAUCGGACUUGACAUCUUUAUUAUCAACUUUUGCACACGUCAUGUAAUUAUUAAAUGUGGUAAUUUAUUUCCCUUAAUAUAUGAAAUAAUAAUGUAGGUUUGUGACACCAAAUAUGCCAUUAGUUCUUUAUAUAGCUUGCACAAGGAACACACAAUUAUUUGCAUUUUAAACCUAGCAACACGUGCAUUGUCAUUGAUAAAGAAUUAAUCCCUUCAUCUAAUGUGCUUUAUGUUUAAAAAGUAUUUCCACAAUCUUAGAAAUGCAGUGUCUAGUAUGGUUUUGUAUUUCUGUGGUCUAUUGUCUACUACAAUGACCACUGAAUGAAAUGCGAAAACGUUCAUGUUCACAGACCCUCCAGAAGCUGUGUCAGGCUAAAUGAAUACUACAGUGUUAGGAAUAUGCAUUUGCAUUCCUAACACUAUAGUACCCUAAUCACCGUUUUACGUGACCAGGCCCCUAUUGCUAGGUUUAAGAAGGUGGUUUUACAUUCUUUUUCUCUCACAGCGCUUAUCUCUGGUGUUCCACACCUUUUAUGGCUGAGAUGAUCUCUGCCAAUCCAAUUCUUCAGAGGCUAGUGUGCUUGCGCUGCAAAAUGCUGUGCCAAUAAGAUGGUGUCUCAGAGAGGCAGGUUAACCCUACAGCAAUGUUUUCAGCUGCAGGAUUGGUGGGGCAUAGUACCAAGACUACUUCACUGAGAUGAAGAGGUCUCUGUGCCUAUAGUGUACCUUUUAACACAAGAUUCUCCACACUCUGUCCCUCCAGAUAUUGCUGAACCACAACUUCUAUUAUUUCUUUGAAUUAAAUAAAUAGCCAGAUAAUGAUGGGAGUUGUAGUUUAGCAACAUCUAGAAGGAUAGCGUUUGGAGAACCUUGCUUAACACCAGCAAUUGUCAGGGUCUCCCCCCUUACCUUUAUUGAAAAAGACACGCACCAUAACAAUUUGUUUAUUGCGUAGAUGAUGCUACGAUAUCCCUUGUGCCUUUAUAUUUGCACACAAUUCCCCCCCUCCCCAGGUCAAAGAGGACAAAGCCACAGUUACUCGUUUGAUCAUACAAAAUAAUAUUUUCACUACUUUUCUUAUUAUUUGCUGCAUAUUGUUUUAGGAACCAGCCGUUAUGGGUUUAUAGAGAUAGCUUAUUAACAUUUUGUAAACUAUUUAAAUUAUGAAUACAGACAGGAAUGUAUCUGAAAAAGCUAGCUGUAAAACAAUCAGGAUGUGCAGACUCUGGGGGAUCUAUAAUGUUUCACAUGAUUGCACUGGUGUGUUUUACUUCUGCUGAUGCUGAAUUUUUACAUGCGGAUCUGAAGUAUUGGGAGUUAGUUGUUGAUAAUGAUGUUUAGAAGCGUUGCCUCAAGCACUGCAUCAGUACUGUAAGAUUGUUGCCAUACCUUAAUAGAUUGACAUGACUCUUUCCCAGAAAUCACUGCAACAUUAUUUGCUCUUCCAUUUAGCAGACCGUGAAAGUCAACUGCUUUUAAAAUGUUUACCUUUGAAAUUAUUGUAAUAUUUAAAUAGACUGGGAGGGUUGGGGGGGGGUGUGUGUGUGUGUGUGUGUAGUGUCUUUUUCUUCUCUCAUUAAGGGGGUCAUGCUCUCCACAAAACAUAGGUAUAACUAUAUUAUGCCAGCAAAACUAUCUGUGAGGCGAGCAUUAAGUCAUACUUACCUGAAGAUUCUUCAUUAAUCUAACAAGAUGGCUUCGUGAAAUGGAUGACAGCACAUGCAGCCUUAUGUCACACUGCUUGCACCCUUUUCUUGCCAAGAAUGUUGACUCAAUGUUAGAAUAUGUGAAAUAACUUCAUAUACACUUGCUAGAUACUAAUAUCGGUGUAUGUGUAUUAAGGCCAGAGUAGCCAAAUUGUCUUUUCCAGCUGGAAUUUUUUCAGUUUGGCUAUUUUGACCUCUUUGAAUUCACCUUGAAUUCUCACUUUAGUGAAUAACCCUGUAUGUUAACAAAACAAAAAAAAUCGAGCGCAAAACCAUAUUGUUAGUAUAUGAUAGGAUCCUUUGUCCAUAUACAUGCUCUUUGGAUCAGAAAGUGUUUGAAAUACGAUAGUUGGUCUCUCUGGUCUUCCCUGGUUCAGUGCAGAGAGUGAAGCAGAGAAUAUCAUGGAGACUGUCAGUUUUCGAAACACUAUCUGACCCAAGGUACAUGUGUAUGGCGUAAAAAAAACCCAAUUCACUGUCCAAAUGGCAAAAAAAUAAAUCACUAUCUAGUAGAUAUACCCAGUAAAUACAAGCAUAUAGUCAUUGGAGGUAUAUCUUGAGAAAAUUUGCAAAAGCUCCAGUUCUUAUGAACUGCAGACUUAGCAAGCCCUUUUCCCCCGAAGAGAUUAACAUAAGUCUCUUCACAGUGAAGUAACCACUCAGAGGACUCCCAUUAGCUCAGGGGAUUUCAUUAUAAAAGUGCCUUUGAAAUGGGAUUCUCCUAAUGCAUAAAAAAUUUCAGCAAGCUGAAGUGCCUUAUGGGGGUGGAGUGGUCCUUUAAAGAAACACUCCUCUGCCAAUAUUGUGGGGAAGGGGAGACUAAAAAUAACCGUUUAGUACAUACAUACCAGUAUAUGCAUGCAUUUUCAUGUAUGUAUUCAUUGGGGGUAUUUCUUAAAACAGUUUGCAAAAGUUGUAGUUUGUACAUUACUUUUUUUUUCCCCUGAAGAGACUUAUAUUCUCUUCAUGGGGAAAUAGCCAAUCAGAGGCUUCUUACUGAAAAGCCUCCGUGGACAAGCGGCAUUCUGAUGUGAGGUCUGGACGCUGGUUUGAGGUAUGCAUUGGGAAAGUUAGAGGUGCCCUCAAGUAGGGCGUACCUGUCCCUUCUGUUAAUUCAGGGGUGCUAAUGGAAGCAGUAAGACACUCCCCUGUCUGUUUGAUUGUGGGGGGGGGAUAAUAAUUUAUAAAAUAAAUGGCUAAUAAUAAUAGAAAUCGGCACUUUCAUAAAGUGUCAUUAUUAUAGGACACACCUCACCCAUGAAGUAUAUUUCAAAAGUUGAUGAAAGGAUUAUUUAUUUUAUUAAAAAUAUAUUUCCCUAGAGCUAGAACACUUUCUAACUACUGCUGGAAAAAUUAUACAGCUACAGACUUUUUUUUUUUCUCCCUUAUGACAGUUCUGACACAUGUUCAAAUCUCUUAUUACCUUCUCCUUAACACCUUAGGCAACAUUGAUUUAACUCGAUUUGGAAUGCUUUUGAGAAUAUGGAAUGCUAGAUGCAUUUUACACAUAUAUAUUAUACUAAUAACAAUUACACCUAACUACCUGCAUGUGUCCUGUAUGUUGAUAAACUAUAGGUAUUAUUAUUAUUAUUAUUAUUAUUGGUAUUUAUAUAGUGCCAACUAAUUCCACAGCGCUUUACAAUAUUAUGAAAGGGGGAAAUUUUACAAUAAAUGAGACAUUUACACAAUGACACAGGAACAAUUGGUAGAAGAGGACCCUGCUCAAAUAAGCUUACAGUCUAGAGGAGGUGGGGUACAAAAACACAAUAGGGCAGCAAGGGUGACAGCCUCCAAACAAGGUGGGUGUACUGAUAUUGAUGUUACAAAGUUUUGGAGUCCAGUAGCCAGAUCAGCAAUGUUUUCUGCCAGAGGUAGCCACUCGUUACCCAGGUGGUUGAGCUCCUGAGCCUUGAGUGGCCUUCUGGUCUUAAGCAGAGAUGGGAGACUGGAACAGAAAGAUGAUAAUCGUAGUGAGGCAAGCCGAGGUCAGUGGGAAGGAGAAGCAGCAAAGUCAAAACAGUCCAAAUUCAGCAACAGGAAGGAGAAACAGGAACACGCUGGAUUAGAGAGUACAGGAACCACAAUAAUCUGGCAAAGGUACAGAGACAGGAAGUGGCUUUUAUAGGCCAAGAACCAGACACCUGACCAGACACAGCUGAAGUGAGUUGUCACUGAUAACCUUGACUCUACAAGCAAUGGUAUCAGAUUUCAGGUAAAUUUGCAAAAGGCAGGCUGGUGUACUGGUAAGGAAAAGAUUUAGCACCAUGUAAACCAGGGUUCGAAACCCAGCAGAGUCAGUUCCUCACAUUACCUCUACCUCUACAGGCGCAGCCUCUGGAUGCUCUAUUUCCUGGUUUAGCAGGGUACUGUGCAUGGAAAGAAUGAAGAAGAUCAGGAGCAUGAAUAUUGUCCACUGGUUCCCAUGAUCUAUCCUCCUCACCAUAGCCUUUCCAAUGAACCAAGUAUUGAAGCUUGUUGCGGAAGAUCCUGGAGUCAAGAAUUUUUUCCACCUCGUAUUCAUCUUCACCAUCCACGAGGACUGGUGGUGGGGCAGGCAAGGCUCGACCAGGGAAAGUAUUUUCAUGAAAAGGUUUAAGCAGUGCCACGUGAAACACCGGAUGUAUUUUCAUGGAAUCCGGAAGUUGCAGACGGAAGGUGACUGCAUUGAUCUGAGCGAUUAUCUUAAAAGGUCCCAUGAACUUUUGACCCAAUUUAUGAGAAGGAAUCCUAAGCUUAAGAUUCUUUGUUGACAGCCAAACCUUGUCACCAACAUGAUAAACUGGGGCCUCCUUUCUGUGCCUAUCAGCAGCUCUUUUGUAACAUUCCUGAGCCUCCGAAAGAGUCUCCUUCAACAGUUCUUGGGAAUCUCGUAAGGCGGUUAGCCGGUCAGUGACUGCAGGAAUGGGAGUAGUAAUUGGGAGACUCACUAGAAAGGUUGGAUGGUAACCAUAAUUGGCAAAAAAUGGGCUCAGAGAAGUGGAGCAGUGUUGGGCAUUGUUAUAGGCAAACUCCGCCGUGGGUAGAAAAUCCAGCCAGUCAUCCUGCAGGUAACUAAUAUAGCACCGCAAAUAUUGUUCUAAAGUCUGGUUGGUUCGCUCAGUCUGUCCAUUACUUUGUGGAUGAAAAGCUGAAGACAGAUUUACAUUAAUACCUAGAAUAGAACAAAAAUAUUUCCAAAAAUGAGAUGUAAACUGCACUCCCCUGUCAGAAAUUACUUCAUCAGGCACUCCAUGCAAGCGAAAUAUUUCCCGAAUAACAAGGUCAGCAGUCUGUUUAGCUGAAGGGAGACCACGAGCUGGUAUGAAAUGACUCAUCUUGGUUAACCGGUCCACAACAACAAGAAUAGUAGUGUGUUCCUUAGAGGGAGGUAGUUCCACAAUAAAGUCCAUGGAUAUAGAUCCCCAGGGACGAUGAGGAAUCGGAAGAGGCUGAAGCAAGCCAACAGGGGAUGAGCGAGGAGUCUUAUGUCUGGCACAUACAUCACAAGAGGACACAUACUUCUUAACAUCCUCAUAAUAUUUAGGCCACCAAAAGGAUCGGGUAAGUAGUUCUUGUGUCUUUCGGAUUCCUGGAUGACCUGCUGGUUUAGAGUCAUGGUAGAGGCGUAAAACGUCCAGUCGCACUGAUUCUGGAACAAACAGACGUUGUUGAAAAAUCCAAAACCCAUUAAGCAUGGUCAUAUGAAGAUCACGAGGAGGAUCACGAAAAACUGGAUCUUUAGAGUAGCCCUUUUUAAUGCGAGACAUUAGAUCAGAAGGAAAGGUAACUCCUAAAAAUCUGCUCUCCGGCAAGAUGGUGGCCUUGGUUACUGUAGUAUGGAGGGGGUCAGCUAUCCUAGACAAGGCAUCCGCCUUGCCAUUUCUGGAACCAGGGCGGUAUGAAAUAAAAAAAUUAAACCUUGAGAAAAAUAGGGACCAGCGUGCUUGUCUGGCUGACAGUCUCUUAGCGGAUUGGAUACAUUCCAGAUUUUUGUGAUCUGUGAGGACAGUAAUUGGAUGGGUGGCUCCCUCCAAGAGAUGUCUCCAUUCGGUGAAGGCAGCUUUUAUAGCCAAAAGUUCUUUAUUCCCUAUGUCAUAAUUUCUUUCUGCUGGUAACAUCUGGCGGGAAUAGAAGGCACAUGGAUGUAACAACAUCUUAGGUCCAGUCCUUUGAGACAGUAUAGCCCCAACAGCUGAAUCAGAAGCAUCUACCUCUACAGUAAAUGGCAAUUCUGGCUGAGGAUGUACCAAGAUAGGGGCAGAUGUAAACAGAGUCUUUAAUCUGGAAAAUGCAGUGUCAGCCUUAUUGGACCACUGAAAAGGAGUCCCUUUACGUGUAAGUUCAGUGAUCGGUGUAAUAACGGCAGAGAAAUUCUUAAUGAAACGCCUGUAAAAAUUGGCAAACCCCACAAAUCUCUGUAUAUCUUUUUCAUUCUUGGGGAUGGGCCAGUCCAGCACAGCUUUAAUUUUACUUGCGUCCAUACUUAAACCUUUAGGAGUUAUAACAUACCCCAGGAACUGAAUUUCUGUUUGUUCAAACUCACAUUUUUCCAGUUUAAUGUAUAGGUGGUGGGUACGAAGGCGCUCAAGAACAAUGCAGACCUGUUUUCUGUGAUUUUCAAGAUUAUCAGAAAAUAUCAGGAUAUCAUCCAAAUAUGCCACAACAAACUGAUCCAGGAGAUCCCGUAGUACAUCAUUGAUUAGAUGCUAAAAAGUUGCAGGGGCAUUACAAAGCCCAAAUGGCAUUACUAGAUAUUCGUAAUGUCCAUACCUGGUUCUGAAAGCUGUUUUCCAUUCAUCAUUUGGUCUUAUGCGAACCAGAUUAUAUGCCCCCCGUAUAUCAAGCUUCGUAAAUAUUUUAGCUGAACGAAGUCUCUCCAGAAGUUCAGGAAUGAGAGGCAAGGGAUAACGUUUUUUCACAGUGAUUUUAUUAAUUUCCCUGUAAUCGACACAUGGCAGUAGACUGCCAUCUUUCUUUUCUACAAAGAAUAUAGGAGCUCCUGCUGGAGAAGUGGAUGGUCGAAUAAAGCCUUUGGCAAGAUUUUCUUGUAUGUAUUCACGAAGUGCUUUCAAUUCAGGCUCAGAAAGGGAGUAUAUACGGCCAAAUGGGAUAGCAGCUCCAGGUAGCAGCUCUAUGGGGCAAUCAUAAGGCCUGUGAGGUGGAAGCUGAUCAGCAUUCUUCUUAUCACAGACAUCUGCAAAAUCCCGAUAUUGUAGCGAAGCUUAGUUAAGUUUGUAGCAACCAUUUCAUUAAUUGUUGUGGUAACAGGUGUCGCCUUAGAGGGUUGACAAUUCAUUAAGCAGUGUUCUGAAGGAAAGGACAAAGUUCUAGUCUUCCAAUCAAUCUGUGGGUUAUGCAGAGCAAGCCAGGGUAUACCCAAAAUCACUGGAAACUGUGUUGAGGAAAUUAGGUGGAAAGAUAUAGACUCAUGGUGAUUCACUUCCAGAAUCAAUUUUAAGGGCACAGUCUCAUGUGUAACCGGGCCUGACGUAAGUGGAGAACCGUCUACUGUUUCCAUUAACACAGGUGAAGAUUUAGGGAUUGUAACGGAUCACCUGGCACCCCGACUGGAUACCUCCGUUAAAGGCUGCUCCUAGUGCUUCCUGAGGACUCCAAGCACUGCAGCAGACACCACAACCACCGAACCAGAGAAGCAUAUGAAUCCUCUCAAGCAUAUGAAUGCUGUAGACAGUUGAAUAGGAACCAUACGAAUAGGUUUACUCUCCUAGCAGUCAAACUGGAACAGCAUACAAUAAAUCCUUCCCCCAAUAAUGAGACGACACUUCACUUUGAGGGUUAAAACAGGAACUCCCUGUACUGUCACAUACAGUCUCUUUUAUUCCCAAUCCACAAACAUAGUACAGCCCACAGGGCGUUACAAAACAACCAAUCACAUCACAGUUACAUCCCACAUAUUCCCUCCCCUUAUCCUGAGAGGAAACUCAAUUAUACAUACAGUUAAAACAUACUUUCUACCCAACUUUCAUAACUCCAAAACCAUACAUCACAUUCACAUAAAAUUACAUAUUCACAAUCAAUCCAUUCAGGGGAACAACAUAUUCAAAAAUGGCACAAAUCAGACAAGGGGUUCAAAAGUUAGUAAAAAGUCCUUUGUGACUAAAUGAAGCAUGGCUUUCUGGCCCAAACCAGUUUCAGAGUCUUCUAUCCUGGAGAUAAGUAAUUGAAUUAUCUCCCAGGAUAGACACAAGACUCCAUUAAGCACAUGGUUGCAAAAAGACACAAAACACUUUAAAAUACAUAAAGUCACAUUUACACAGAACACACAGACAUUUCACAUAUCCCCAGAUAGCUGGGAUCUGAGUGCACAUUAUUAGAUGAAUGGCACUCAGAUCACACAAAUAAGCCUUUCUGCAGGGGAAAUAAACGGUUUAACCUGCAGGGCCAUAGUCCAAAGGGAGCAGGCGAGCAACCAGGCUUCUCCAGUUCACAGUGGCGAGGUUGGUUUCGCCACAGGGAUAGACUGAAUUUUAUUUCCUGCUCCGGAAUCUAUCAUAGCUGUAGUUGAAAUUUUAUUAUCACCAUAUUGCAAAGUGAUAGGCACCACCAAAUAAGGAUGUUGAGUCAUCAUACCUUCUUCACCCUGAGCCAGAGAAAACAAGGGUUGUGUGACAGAAUCCAGUUGGUCUGAAAUCUGGGAUUGGUGUUGAAUCUGUGCACCCUCAGCAGUCAUAGCUAUUGUUCUUUUAGACUUGUUAGGGCAAUUGAUGGCAUAAUGCCCUGCACUACCACAAUACAGGCAUAAGUUGUGAGUGCGUCGCCACUGUUUUUCUUCAUUGGAUAAUGGCCCUCUUAUUAGAUCUACCUGCAUAGCCUCAGGUUCAGAGUCUGUAGGUGUUUGUGGGGUCGGAGUAGAAAUUCUUGAAUAGAAAGUAGGAGUAGCACUUGGUUUAAAAGAGCCCUGUCUUUCCAAUCUUCUUUCUGAAAGUCUCCGAUCAAUACGGAUAGCCAACCGCACAAAUGCAUCAAACUCAACAGGAAGAUCAACACGAGCUAGCUCAUCUUUUAUAGCUUCUGAGAGACCCCUUCUGAAGUGGAACCUCUGGGCUGAUUGGUUCCAAGUAGUAUCAGUAACCCACUGUCUGAAUUCAGCAGCAUAUUCAGCCACAGAGCGCCUCCCUUGAUGUAAAUGAAGGAGAGUGGCUUCUGCUGUAGCACAGCGAUUGGGAUCAUCAAAAACUAGGCACAUGGCCUCAAGAAAGUCUUUUAAAUUUCCCAAGAUUGGACUGUCCUGUUCCAGAAAAGGGGAGCCCCAGGCCAGGGCUUCAUCUUUGAAGAGGGAAAAAAUAAAUCCCACCUUCUCUCUUUCAGAUGGAAAACGGUUAGGUAACAUCAUGAAAUGCAAACGGCAUUGAUUUAGGAAACCCCUGAAUUUUUUGCGGUCUCCUCCAAAUUUUUCUGGUAGAGGCAAGCGGCAUCUUGUGCAGGUGUAACAGUAGUAGUAGCAGCAGCCGCAACAUCAUGUGCCCUGUAGCUGGUAAGCUCACUAUGCAUUGAUCGAACUUCAUUUUGCAGUUCAGCUACCUGAUCCUGCAGCACUUGAAUGGUCUGGGUCUGCAUAGUUCUUGCAUUAAAAGCAACCUGCUGGGCCAAUGCAGAAUCUGAUCCGACGGUCUCCAUGAAUGGGCCAGAUUAUUCUGUAAUGAUAUUGAUGUUACAAAGUUUUGGAGUCCAGUAGCCAGAUCAGCAAUGUUUUCUGCCAGAGGUAGCCACUCGUUACCCAGGUGGUUGAGCCCCUGAGCCUUGAGUGGCCUUCUGGUCUUAAGCAGAGAUGGGAGACUGGAACAGAAAGAUGAUAAUCGUAGUGAGGCAAGCCGAGGUCAGUGGGAAGGAGAAGCAGCAAAGUCAAAACAGUCCAAAUUCAGCAACAGGAAGGAGAAACAGGAACACGCUGGAUUAGAGAGUACAGGAACCACAAUAAUCUGGCAAAGGUACAGAGACAGGAAGUGGCUUUUAUAGGCCAAGAACCAGACACCUGACCAGACACAGCUGAAGUGAGUUGUCACUGAUAACCUUGACUCUACAAGCAAUGGUAUCAGAUUUCAGGUAAAUUUGCAAAAGGCAGGCUGGUGUACUGGUAAGGAAAAGAUUUAGCACCAUGUAAACCAGGGUUCGAAACCCAGCAGAGUCAGUUCCUCACAGUGGGGGAAAUAGCAGAGUUGGAGGUGAGAUUGGAGUGUGGCUAUUCAGGAGUGGUAGAGACAGAUAUGGUUAAGUAUAGAUGGGUUACUUGGGGAGCCCAUGAGAAUUUCUGAACAUUGUGUUUUAAAGGAACUUCUUAAACAAUUGAAGACUAGGGAAGAGUCUGAUGGGGGUAGGCAGGCUGUUCCAAAGGAAGGGAGCCGCUCGCAGGAAGUCCUGCAAGCAGCAGCAUUAAGCUUGCCAGUAGCGGACAGGAGAAGGUCACCGGCAGAGCGGAGAGACUGAGAAGGGGCAUAUCUAUGAAUCAGUGAAGAAAUGUAACAGAGGCUAGAGUUGUUUAAAUCUUUAUAGGUUAGGGUUAGUAUUUUGAAUUGACACCUAUAGGACACAAGAAGCCAGUGUAAGGUUCGACAGAGGGACGAGGUGUGAGAGUAUCUAACCACCCUGUUAUUUGACACCAGGUUUUCAUUGGUUGGAGGUGCAAAAUAUGCCAAAAAGAGACUAGUAGUAUGUUCCACAUUUGAGCGACUACCCAAGAGUACAACCUUUUAGAGCAAGGGUUCCCAAACCAAGUCCUAAAGUAGGCCAAUAUUUUUCUUUCUAAAAACACCAUGGACACAAAUGGAUAAUCCCUAAAUCUUGGAGUGUUAAGGGGUUCUUGAGGACUGGGUUGGGAACCACUGUUUUAGAGGAAGUUCACAAAGGACCCCUUCCUCCCAUUAUCUGCUCUUACACCAUAUCCAAAAUCCAAGUUAAAGUCUAUAAUAUUGCACCUCCUAACUGUUUCUUUUUUUUUCCCCCUUAACAUUGCAAUUGGAGUUGGCCCUUGUGAACGGACUACCUGGUACCCCGAUUGGGUGUACCUCCGCCAAGCAUGCUUUCUAGAUAUCACCUGGAUGCCAGUAGGGCUUCAGCCCCUAGCCGCCUCAGCUUGGCUGGGGUCUCUCCAUAGCUUCCUGCCCUGGAACAGGGUCCUGGGUACAGCUCCAAGUGAUUAUGCUCUCCUGUGGAGGGUGUAGCUGUAUAGCUUGUCUACCCAAACAGUAGUUGAGAACUGCUUUAUUCAGGCAAGGCACACAGAAUUUAUACACAGACCCCCAGCAUUAGUUCUCCAUUGUAUUUCACAUAACCCCGCCCAGGCGUCUCUGUGUCCGGUAGGUAAUUGAGUUGAUAACUGGUAAACUGAUAACCUCAAGGACACAGAGGGUAUAACACACAAAACCUCAAAAAAUACACUCAGUCUCGUGUAGCUUUCCUCCAAAAGCGCUCUCCUGGAAGGUCGGCAUGGUGGUCAUUACACCGGGUCCAGAUGACCAUGAACCACAAAGUCACAAACAAAGGGUUCCAUAGUGGUCACUGCUAGGUACCGCUGAAGCAUGUUCUCAGGUUCAUAAGUCCGAAUGACAACCAUGGUACGAGCAUUCGGGUAAAUUCGGGAGAGGGAAGGUACCGAACCAGGGGAACUGAGGAUGUCUCUUGGGGAGGCCAGGCAGGUUAACUCCCGGACAGGGUCUCUGGAUAUAGUCCGUAGUCUUUGGGCAGGAGGCUAGCUAGCACAAUACUCCAGGUGUCCGUUGCAUGGGCACGUUUGCCACAUAUCUUCCCCUCAAGGGAAGACUAACCAGAUACCAGACCUAGAAUGCAUUUCAGCUACUAUAAAGCAUCUAGGUACUCUUAUUAUUUUGGGUUGUAUGACGGCAAAAGGUGUGGGCAGAUUUUGUGUGAUUGAUUGUGCUCUAAAUGGCAUGUGAUAUUUUCCAGAAUAAUUAAGUCUUUUUAUAUUUCAACAUGGUUUUCUGUGUAUAACUUCUUUUAAAAUGCAAUUAUUUAAAUAAAGUGGAUUGCGUUAGAUUAUAUGAUUUUAUGGUAUUAUUCUAAAUUAGUAGGUAGGAAGGCUGGGUGUGCAAAUUUAUAUUAAAUAAAUCAUAACUUGUGUAUGGGUUGAGUAUAUGUAACUUGAGUGUAUGUGAAAAUUUGUGCAAGUGUGUAUACCUGUUAGUGAGAGGUGAAUGUGUGAGUGUCUGUCAGUAUGUGUGUGUAUGUGUGUGUGUGUGUGUGUGUGUAUCAGUGAGUGUGUGUUUACAUGAUCUGCCCUCUCCAAUUACAUGGGAAAGGUGUUUUUACUCACCUUUUUUCCCGUGCUUGUCUCGCCGCUGCUGGCUCCACUUUCAUGGCUGAGUUAAUCAUUCUUGACGAUCUCCGCCAAUCCAAUGCUUCUCCUUAUAGGAAAGUGUUGAGAGACUUUUGUGCAUGCGUGGCAAAACGCACCAAUCAACAUCUCAUAGAGUUGUGGAGACACUGAAUGUUAGGUGGUGCACAUUGUGCAACACUUACCCUGAAAGCACCUCUAGAGGCCGUCUGAGUGACUCACACUAGAGGUGUUACUAGGCAGCAAUGUAAACAUUGUCUUUUGUCUGAAAAGACCGUGUUUAAAUUGACAAACGUGCACAGACAAGUUCUGGUGUCCCAUUAAGAAUUGGAUGUUUGACAUUGGAAAACCUGGCUCCUAACUUUUUUAGCUGGCUCCUAUAUUCCAAGCAAAUUUGUCAAGCCCUGGCCUAGAUAAAAUUAAAAAAACAGGCCAGCUUAAUGUAGUUGUUCUGAUGCGUAUAAUCGGUCCCUGCAAGCUUUUUGCUGUAAACACUGCCUUUUUACGGAAAAGGCAGUGUUUAUAUUGGUGCCUAGGGACACUUACAGUGGCAGUCACUCAGACAGCCACUAGUGGUGCUUUCUCACAUGUUCAUAUGCCAGGGCUCAACAAAUUCCAUGCGCCAGGUCGCUAUGGGAUUUGUGAGCCUCUUCAGCCCCUGAGGUGACCGGCUGCCUGAGAUUGUAGGCGAGCAGUCGGCUCACGCAGGGCUGAGGUGGGUGGGCAGGCAGGCGUCUAACUCAUUGAGUGCUGACGGAUGGAGGCGGGUGGCUGUGUAAGGGAGGCGGGCAGCUGCAUGAGUGCCGCGGCGGCGAGAGAGGGAACUGUAAUCUCCCUGCUCUGCUCCCUCGCGCACCUUCCAGUGAUGCCGGGAGCUGGAAUAUGAAGUAAUUCUGGCCCCGCAUCACUAAACAGCGCUUUAGGGAGCAGAGCAGAGAGAUACCAGCAGCCCCACUGCACAACGUUCAGAAUAAACUCUGGUCUUAUCUGCGAAGAAGGUAUGUGGGGGGAUGCAAGGGUGCUUAAAGGGACACUAUAGUCACCAGUGCAACUACAUGUAUUCCUGACCCUAUAGUGUUAACACCACCAUCUAGCCCCCCUGGGCCCCACAUGCCUCCAUAAAUAUAGUAAAACUCUUCCUGUAUUCAAGACAAAAGCUGUAACUCAGAAUGCUGUUUGCCUAAAAAAAACCCAAAAAAAACCAAAAAAAAACAGUCUGCUGACAUCAUCAGAAGUGAUAGCCUGAUCCAAUCACAGUGCUUCCCCAUAGGAUUGGCUAGACUAACAAAGAGGCUGAUCAGGGGCAGAGCCAGCAUGAUUCAAACACAGCCCUGGCCAAUCAGCAUCUCCUCAUAGAGAUGAAUUGCAUCAAUAUAUCUCUAUGAGGAAAAUUCAGUGUCUCCAUGCUGCCCUGUGCUCUGCUGACAGCAGAUCUGAGUGGAUUGAGGAAUUUUAUGCCUCAAUCAACUCGGAAGUCCCUCUGGUGGCAUUCUGGAGGUGUUCCUAGCUUUCAAUGUAAAUGCUGUAUUUUCUCAGAAAAUACAGUGUUUACAUGAGAGGCUGCAGGGAGCUAUAGUUCUCAGCUGAACAACCUCAUUAAGCCUAAGUUGUUCAGGUGACUACGGUGUCCCUUUAAAUAGAGUACGCCUGCCACUUCCAUUGGCUCAGGUGAGCUAAUGGAAGCUGGAAGAAACCUCCCUGACUGUUUGACAGCCAGGGUGUAUUUCAUUGUUUAUGAAAGCAUUGAUUUCUCAUAAAAAUUGGUACUUUUAUAAAUUGCCUUUUUAAUGGGAUACUCCUUUAUAGGUGUGGAGUGGUCCUUAAGUAUUUAAGCCUCUCUUCUCGAACUAACAUGUUACAUACUUUUUGUGGGUGUGAGAUAAAACUUAUGGACACAGUGCACAUGCAUAUGAAUUAUGUUGCGUUUUACAAGAAUCUGCGUAUAUGUCAAUAUAUCUCCUUUUAAAUUUCAGGAAAAAUCUCAAGAUAUUUUUCUACAAUAUGUAACAUUUUAAAUAGUUGUUAAAUAGUUAAUAUAUUGUAUUCGGAACUGGCAUGUAAUAUGCCUGAAUUUAAAAAAAAAAAGGGGGGGUGGGGGGGAGAGAGACAUACCUAUGUGAAAAUAUAAAGUUAAAGGUCAACUUUAAUUUCAUACAUAUUAAACCGUUAUUCCUGCUCGUAGCAGUCUGUAUUAGAUUUCCAUUUUAGAACAAUACAUUGAUUUUAAAAGUACACAAUUUCUUCUUCAGGUUUUUUGCCCUGACCUCUCUUCGAAUAUUAUUUCUGGUUGCAUUUGGAUUGAUGAUUAUCAUUUGUGUGGACCAGUGGAAGAACAAAAUAUGGCCUGAACUUGGAGGUAAGAGUCUAGAAAAGAAUGAGCUGUUCUGAAUGUGCGCUAAAUUACUCGGUCGCAAAUAUCCUGGGGUUGCUGAAAAUAGUGUUUUAACAAAAAUAAGCAUGUUGAAUAACAUAAUGCAUUGCCUCCAUGUUACAUGUAUGAUUCUGGGAGAUAUUUCCCAGUGUCCUUCUAAUCUCUAAUAGAGUAAAAUAUUGCAAAAAAAAUGUUUUUCUUUCAUUAUCCACUGACGCUUCUUUUUUCAUCCCUUUAGCUGCAAGACCCAAUGAGCUGGAUAAUGAAAGGUAAAAAAAAUCUGUACAGUUCAUCUUGAAGUGUGAUCUACUGCUUGGCAUCUUUGCUGCCAGAGAUGUUUAAAAUCCAUUUCGGGGGAAAAAACAAGAGCCGCCAAAAGUUAACCCUUAAAUAGUUAUUAAACAAGCAAAUGGUUAUUCAAAUAGUUAUUUACUUGCAAAAAGCAAGUGAUCAACAGCAAAAACAAAUGUGUGAAAGGCUGGACUUGAUGGACACAUGUCUCUUUUCAGUCUUCCAGUCGUAAUUCCGCCAUUUUCACUGGAUUUUGUGCAUUUGUACAAAAUCUGGCGUUUAGUUAAUAACCCUGUUAAUAUGGUCUUAUUUCUGAACAGAACUAGCCUCCAUACUGUUUUUGCUUGUGAUAUUCACAAUAGUAAAAAAAAAAAAAAUUAAUAAUAAUCCAAAGCAUUACUAUGAUAAAGUUACUUUUGUCCACCUGGGACAACAUGAAUUGGCUCAGAGUGCUGGACUAUCCUAAACCCAGUACUCUAAGCCAAUCAGUGUUGUCUAGGUUGGGCACAAGGAGAAUUGAUUUAUAUCAAACUAAACCUAAACAGUUUGAUAUUAAAAUGAGGAUGGCACCAGGGGAGUCUAUGAAACCUAAUCACUACAGCUUGUUUUUGUGGUGCAAAUGUGGAUAACUGUACUCUUACUGAAUCUUUACUUAUUUAAAAAAAUUAAAAAAAAUUAACUAAGGUGUUUCCUACCACAAUAUACCUUCUGUGUAUUGGCCUGAUUCAAACAGACAGUGGAUGCACCUACAGGUGUUUUUCUAUUUUUUUUUUUUUGUUGUUGUUUAUGUUUUCAAAUGUUACUUACAGCUGGGGCUUUGUACACCCAAGACUGCUCAGUGUCCCAGAGUUGUGUCAUUAUGCUGCUGAAACCUGGGUUACCUUCAUUAGCUUUCUUCAUAACCUCCUCUUCUUCAAGACCGAAAACCCUGGCAAGGUAAUGUGCUUAAAUGUUAUUGAAAUAUGUGAAUUGCUUCCUGUUUGAAGUGCAAGUGACAACCUUCAGAUGAUGUUGGCUUAGAAAUUAUGCAUAGACUUUCUGAAGGCUUUCUUUAAAACAAUGGGAGUUCUGUAUAAAUUAUGUUGCAAUCUCUAAGACAAUGCAUGCUCUGUUUGGUCAUAUUUUUAAAAUUGUUUUCACUUGUACCAUAUGAGUAAAUAUGUUUAAAUUGGCUUUAUACAGGAGAAGACAAUGGGGCAUAUUUGCAAGUUUAAUUUUCAUGUUUUCAUGUUUUAUUUAAAAUGUACUGAUAACACCAAAUAAAUAGUGGAGGUGAUCUUUAAAAAAAAAAAAAAAUGAAUCUAAAAAUAUAUAGUGAUGUAAAAAAAAUAGCACUCUUUUACUCUGCUAAUUACUACUCUAUUUUGCUGACGCAGGCACAUAAGCACAUUCACUGAUUCUGAUAUGAUUUUUUUUUUUUUCUGAAAAACACUGAAUAUUCUGUUUUAUUUAAAAGGACACUACAGUCACCAAAACAACUUUAGCUUAAUGAAGCUGUUUGGGUGUAUAGAUCAUGGAGUUAAAUCACUUUUGUUUGUGUUCAUGUAGCUCUAGGCAUACCUCCCCUGGCUGAAACUCACACAGCCUGCAUGAAAAAGAUGAUUCCUUUUUUUAUCUUUUGCUCUGUAAAGUAAACUUUAGUCACACACUAGGGCUCCUGUAAGGUCUAGAAGGCUAUUAACCAAGUGUGAGAGAAGACAUUCUAAAUUAAGCAGACUGUGCAAUAAAUAAGUAUAAACAUUAGAGGACUCUUUACAGGAAGUGUUUAGGAAGGCUGUGCAAGAUACAUGCAGGGAGGUGUGACAAGGACAGCAUAAACAAAGUGAUUUAACUUGUAAAUAACAGAAAAUGGAGCAGUGAGGCUGUAGGGGCAUGAUCUAUACCUAAAACUGCUUCAUUAACAUUGUUUUGGUGACUAUAGUGCCCCUUUAUGGGUACAGUAGCAAGCAGUUUUAGAUAAAACUGGCUUCUUUAUUUGUUUCAUUUUGGCUUAUGAGUAUUUCAUCUUAAUGAUUCAUCCAUUUAUUUACUUGGAGAAAACUCAGAUUAUGAAUUAUAAAUGUAUUAAUUUGAUGAACCACAUCUCUGCUCUCUGCCCACCCGCAGUUCUGUCUCUUAAUUUGCGGAUUCCUGACUUUCCUGACUGUGCUUGGUGGAUACAUUCCCGGUCUUGUGCUGUCAUACCUGCUGUGUAAGUGUAUCUCAUUAUUUUUGUAAUAGAAGCAGUCAGAAUAAAAAUACAAUUUUACAUUUAUUAAUAAGGCGUAAUUGGUUGUUUUGUUAGACUUUUCUUUUGUAAAACUGUACAUUACAAACUAAAAUAGUCAACCAGCAAAAUAUUACGCGGACAUUCUCAUAUCUUUACUUUUUGACAGAAAUAUUUCCUGAAUAAUAUCAACAGGAAAUUCUAUGAAAAAUGCCUUAAAACACACCCACCACAGUGUAUUCCAUACUUAAAUAUACCCAAUUGUGUACACACACAUAUACCUCACAUUUAGCGGCAUUGUUCGUUUCUGUUUACUGAUAUCAGGGAAGGUUCUGUUUGCCUUUGUGCACAUCAUUUUAGCAGUUUCUUUUCAGUCAAGGCACCAUCACCACUACGUUGCACAGUAGCGGUUAUGGUGCAAGGAUUCUCUUGGCACUAUACACUGGGUGAGAGUGAAAUCACUGAUAGUAUGAAUGGUUUGACCUGGUAAUCACAGCCAUUCUACUCGCAUAUAUCUAAAGCAGGGGUCCUCAAACUCCGGCCCUCCCGAUGUUGCUGAACUACAACUCCCAUGAUUCUUUGAAUUACAUAAUUACAUUUUUACUAAGUGCCAGGGUGACCCAUGUAAGAGUCGAAGACAGUUUAACACUUACCCAAGGGACGGUGCCAAGGGACAAAUGACAUCAUAACCACCACAGCUCACUGUAGUGGUUAUGAUGCUUAGACUAUCCAUUUGUUCAAGAAGAUGUGUAUUCAAUUUUCCCACUCUAUUAUAAGUCUAUAAUAUAACUCAUUAUGCAGUGCUUUUCUUCCGUGCAUGGUAUAAUUUACAUGUCAAAAGAGAAUGAAUGAGGAGCACACCUCAUAAAAAGUAACAAAAUUUUAUUAGAUAAAUCUAUAUCCAUACAUUAAUGUACACAUAUUUGCAUGUUACCGAAUGGAUAAAUAAACAAGAGUAAUACACUAUACAUAAAUUAAAGCCAUAAAACAUGCAAAAAAAAAUCUUUGAAAAAAAAAAAAAUAAUAAUAAUAUACGUGUUCAUAACAGUCUGAAUGCAUACCAAAAAAAAAAAAGACCACAUAAAACAAAAAAAACAGUGUGAGAGGCAAGGGAUAACAAUGUUACUUUUUUGGGGGGGUAUGCUUCUAAUUCAUUCUCUACAGAUUGUUUUAACAGACUAUAUUGGGAAUAGAGGCAUUAAAUGUGCAUUCUGUCUCUUCAUUAUUUUGGUUUCAGUUGUUUUUGUUUUACUUAUAGUGUGCCGUCCCUUCUAAUUAUCCUUCUUUAAUAAUUUACAUCUCAAACCAUUUCAUGUGAUGUAUGUGUACAGCAAGUGGAGUCCAACUAAAUUGUGCAAGUUACUGUUCAAUAUAACUGUAUUUAAGAGAUCUUAUACUUUUACUCAAAUAACCAACAUUAUUCUGUUGAUAACUAAAUAAAAAAAUGAAAUUAAAUAAAAAUGAAACUGUUACUAACAAAAUAAUUUUUGAAACCGACAGAAAAAAAAUUGAAUUCUUAAACUGAACAGGAAAAUAGUAUUAAAAUACAAUACUUUUGAAAACUUUAAUCACCUGACAUUUGCAUAUUUAGGAUAUAAGGAGGUGACAAACUGUAAUGCAUAUAUGAUGUUUAUUCAUUAAACCACUAAUUGACAAGGAAUUUUAUAUUCUAGGCCAAAAUAACAAAUUUAAACAGUGUUGUAAAUGUGACUAAUUUGUAUUAAAAAUUUUAAUUUCCUUGUUAUUUCACCAGUUUCUGGUUCAAUAAUAAAUAAACCUGUAUAGUUUGUUAACAUAAGAACAAUUUAAUGUCAAGUGACAAACUCUAGAAUAUGUUUUGUUUACCUUUAAUUGUCAUUAACAUGUAUUUUACAUGGCGAAAGAUGGCGUAAAUUUUAAUUCUGUAUUCAACAGUGUUAUUUAUCCUGCUCUGGCCAUUGGCAAUAUAUCACCGUUUGGGUCAGAGAGUCUACCAGAAGCUGGAGCCAGCCCUGCAGAGGCUCGACUUCAGUGUCCGUGGUUACAUGAUGGCCAAACAGAAGGAGAGAGAAAGUAGGUUUUUUAUUAUUUGUUUUAGACCACACUUUAUACAGUCAUCUCACGAUGGCAUAUCUUAGAGACACUCCGGGUGCCAAUACAACUUUAAUGCAUUUAAUAGAUUUUGGACUCAUUAAUAUGCUGUAUUUUUGUGCACCCUCAAAUAUUUAUAGUUUUUGCAGAAAAAUAAAUGUUUUGCAGAAUUUUGCACUAUAAGCCUGCCUCCUUAGCCAUGCCCCUCAUGCCAAAAUAUGUCUUUAUGCACACAGGCUCAGAUUCAACAGCACUGAGUAAGAUGCUUUUAAUUCACACCCUGUCUUCAUACAGAAGCAGGGGACUACCAGUAAGGCAUAUAAUAAGGAUAUCACUACUGUUUGUAGUUUUCACUGACUAAAGGACUUUUUUUGAUUAGGAAGUCUUUUUCUAGUGUGAGGGGGUGUGGUAGAGAGGCAGGCUUAUGGUGCAACAUUCUACAAAACCUAUAAAGAUUUGAGCAUGUAAAAUAAUACAGCAUAUUUUAUAAUGUGUGUGUGUUUGUGUUCUGCAAUAAGAGGAUUAAUCUCAUAAGAGCAGGCAUUCGGUUGCUAGGAUAGGACCUGCCAGGAAAGCUACACUUUAGGUGCUUAUUUCCUAAAAAGUCUUGAGUGUAAAGAAAAACCGUUUAACAUCCACUGGGCUCAAAUGGACUUGUAAGCUAAACUUUACAACACACAGAACAGGAUAGCUGUUGCAUUUGCAUUCUGUUUAAAACCAACAAGAUGAAAUCUAAAUCAGCUUGUGAAUCUACUUUUGUUUUUUCCUCUCUAACUGUAGUGCAUGGCCGUGCCCUUCCUUCUAAUGAAGCCAGUGAUAGUGAAGAGGAGCUUGCAGCAUUUUGUCCAACAGUAAGCCUAUAUCUACCUCUCCUAAGCUAAAAGUAUUUGCAUGCUUUUGACUUACUAGUGAUUUGGAAGACUAUUCAACUGUGAAUUGUAGAUUAUGCUAACAUAGUGUACCUAUAAUCUUAAUUUUAGUAAUGACAGCAUGCAAAUAUUUGCUGAAACUCCCAGCAGCACAGAUCAUAACAACCAAUCAAAAAACACUUCAAUGUUAUAUAAAAGGACCUGUCACACACAUCACUUCCUCUUUCUUUGUAGCGAACUAAUAAAGUUCAAAUGUCUGAAAGUCCAAACAUAACAAUCAAUGAAUCCAAACUGUAGCCGUGAAAACAUCCAUAACAGCUGUAGAUUGCAGAAUAGAUGUAUAAAGCACUGAUCACACUGAAAAGAAACAGAAAGAAGUGACAUCUUGUCUAUCAUACCAUAACUAUCUAUCUGCUGCAUAAGUUAGACGUAAAUGAAAUAUAUAAUAGUCAUGCUUAUCCGGUAGAAAAACAACUAUGACAGCCUAUCUAGCUACUAAAAGAUGAUAAUUCCAUGCAAUAAAAAUAACACCAUUUAUAACCAUAGAAGAUCCUAAUAUCAGAGAAAAAGGAACAGAAAUAUCGAAUAUAGAAAUCCCAGGGUGGGAAAUAUUCGCCUCCUGUCAUUACUAAAAUUAAGAUUAUAGGUACACUACAUUAGCAAAAUCACAUGGCAGGAGGCUUCAUAUUUGCAGUUUUAACCCUGAGAAUUUAGAAAAAUGAAAGAAUAGUGAGAGGACUGUCUGAAGUAAAACACAUGGAACGUAGAUUCCCGCAACCAGUCCGCGCAUCACAUAAUAUUGGAAUAUAGAAAUCCUGGAGUAGAUGUAUUCCUUCCAUUUUGAAAUGUCGAUAGACGACAUAGUCGUUGAGCCGACGGAGGUUGAUGACUUUUUUCGAACCAGAAAGAUGUUGCAAGCCCCAAUCGUCCGGGGUGAAUUGUACCGCUCCUUUGGCGCAUAGAGAGCGAAUCUCUUCGUCUAUGGGGAGUCUGUGUUCUCGUGAAACAUGUAACAAAGAUGGUCGGGCGGUUUGUAUGAGUUGGGAGUGGAACUCGAUGGCGUAGCCCUAGACCAGCUGCAGAAUCCAGGCGUCUGCCUUGAUUGCCCUCCAAUUCUGUAGGAAAAGGGACAAACGACCAGCGGUAACAGUAGUUGUACGAGUUCUUAAGAAAGGAACUCACCUGAAGGGAAGCGUCCGCGACUUCUUCCUCUAGAGCCUCUCGUCCCGUCUGUGCCUCGGUGGUACAAGGGUCUUGAUAUGUAUGUCGGAUAGAGUGAGGGAGAUUGUGAAUAGGACCUGGGUCCCGCCGACCAGCCCUCCCAAAAGGUGGUGGCCUGAAGACUUGCUUGAGUGAGGAUUGGGCUUUGUUCAGCGUCGUGAACAGGUUGACAUUUCGCUUCAACUCUGCUAUAAAAGACUGACCGAAUAGAGCCCCUUUGCCAAGGGUCCCAGUUCUUUGGAGCCCAAUUCCAAGAAUUUUGAUUCUUUUCUCAACGGUGCUGUCUUGUGUCUCUCUGUACAGAGGGCUGCAUUGGCAUUGCCCAGGAUGCAGAUAGAGCGCUGGGCCCAUGUCACUUGGGUCCAACUGAGGGGGCCAGAUCCGCAAAAAAUAGUAUCUUCGCCAGUGGGCCCAAUAGAUCCAACACCUGUCUUGUGCAGACUUCAGCCCCUUCUCAAUGCCCUUCCUGGGGUCCCUGCCAGCUCAGGAUAUGAAAACCACCACGUGGUGUCCAACUCUGGAGUGUUAGCCACCUUGUCGCGGGGGCAUUUCGCUCAUAGGCUUGCCCGCACUUCCUUGUCUAGCGGCUUGCGAAGCCAAUAGUGGAUGAAUUGUGGCAGAUGAUCCGGCAGUGUCCAUUCAGACGACCUGGAGUGUCGUAUCGUGCGUGGAUUGAACGUGGGUACCCCCAUUUCGUCUAGAAAAAACCCUCUCCAGUGGUCUUAGGUGGAGGAGUGCAAGUACCCUUUUCUUGGUACUAUUCACCUUGCACGGUUUCCAUCACAUACUUGGAGUCGGAAUGGGUUACGUCUUGCCAGUUCUCAUUGGAGGCAGACCCAUCUGCACGCCACAUGUUCACCACGUCGAGGUUCUGAGGUGGACCAAGAUUGUACCCGGCUGAGGAUUGGAUUAGUGGAGGGACUGGUUCGAGCUUUGCCGCUAUACUUGCUUCCCGUCGGAGACCUGGAAUCCUUCCAGUGACGUUUGGGCCCUGUCUGAAUCCGUGGAACAUCAGAUCCUGGGGCAAUAUCACAGUCCUAUGGCCCUGGUUUCUGAGCUUGGGGCAGGACCUGUAAACGGGCCUUUUCCACUGAGGCUGCGACAGCGGCAUUAAUCAUGGCCAGAAAGUCCUGCGUAGGUAGAGGUUUGUUGCUCUUGGUGGUCAGUCUGCCUGUAAGAGGAUGGCUGGAAUCAGUGGGAGCAGGAUAAAUGGAGACGCACGCAAGGUGCCAGGCUACUAGUACAACUGGGGCUCACACAGGGAUUGGCUGCACAGUACAGCCGUAUACAUGAUAGUGCGAUGAAGAGGGGCUCACCCUCUAGGUGUACAAAAGGGGGGAUCCCUUUAGUGAAUGGGAGACGUGGUAGUCUCUGAAUCAUCGGGUGGAUCCCCAGCUUAAUUCCCUAUCCAGGGUGAUAUUGAGGGGUUAACCUUGUAAUUGUUGCCAAGGUGACGUCUCUUCGAGGGGUUUACCCCAGUUUUACGUCAAAGCUGUACCUCUGUGAUCAGCAAUAAAACAGGUGUACACAGCAUGUGGGAUAGUUCUGCAUGGUGCGAUAUUGUAUUUCCAGACAAUCGUAAAAGGAUGUGGGAUAUCCCUGUAAGUAAUAUGUAGAACACCUGUGACGAUAUCUGGGGGCUCACCCCACAUGGUGUGCCAUGAGAACCAGAGGACACCCACAUAUGGCAACUCAUGCAAUCAGAAUGGCACAGUGUAUAUGGCUGUUAAGCUCAAUAUAUGCCCACAUAACAAUUACAUUCCAGUGUAUGUCAGUCUGUUGUCAGCAAACCGCAUGUAUCAGCCUAGCAUGUAUUUGUAAUAACUUGUAGUAGGUACCUUGACUGUGGAUGAGAAAUCAGCACUGCAGUCUCCAGUCUGGUGAGUGUGGAGCAUCAGGUACAGCUUAAAGGGAAGUAUAUUUAGUCCAGAUCGCGGUAAUACCGAUCUGGAGUGAAAAAAUAAAUGGCCGACGUGAAUCUCGCGGCACUCGCGAGAUUCUAGAUGGCUGUCGUGCAUGUAACGAUAGUAGAGACCUGCGGUUUUGCAGGGCCCGUCUGUCGUGAUAAAAUCACGGUCUGCACCCCACAAACACACCUUCAGCUAGCCCCAAAGGAGUAGAAACAGGCGCUGAAAAGAGCACGAGCGCGGUGCCAAGAAGAGUUGAGCAAAACAAGGCCAAAAGGAGAAAUUGAAUUAGCAGAAUGGUAGUAGGGAAAAGUUAACAGAGCAUACAAGGUAAAUAUAUAUAAAUCCUAACACAGAAUAAAUCAAACCAUUAACAGUAAAUAGUCACAAGGACAAAGUACUCUGACCUGUGUCCUGGAGCAGCAAAGAAAGAUGAAGUGAUGUAUGUGACAGGUCCUUUUGUAUAACAUUGAAAUGUUUUUUUGAUUGGUUGUUCUCUUAUGAUCUGUGCUGCAGGGAGUUUCAGUAAAGAGAGUUAUGCAAAUGUUCGCCUCCUGUCGUGAUAAAAUUACAAUCCUAUUCUAGUCUCCGUCACAAGAUGAGUAUCAGGUGACCCUAAUGUUGCUAUUGUAACAUUUAUGUUCUGUUGGUGGUGCGUUCUUCUUGUAGAUAUAAAGCGAAAGCGUGGUUCCCUUUCCCUUUGCUCUAUGAUGAUUUAUAUGCCCUGUCCCUACAGUCUGACAAAUGUAAAGAAUGUGGUUUGUGACGUAUAUCAAUAUUUACAUCUGUCAGUUAGAAUGCCUCUUGUAUCUGUCAGACAGCCACUAGACCCACUUCCUCAUCGAAUUUUCAAUAAUUGAGCUGAAUGCUCUUAAUACCUCUCAAAGGGCAUUGGUUUGGUGCCCUUUUAUUAAAACUGAUGAUCUCAGAACAGUAGGAGUAGCUGCCACAGCAAACCAAAGUUGGCACUGGAUAAAAAGCGAGUUUAACUUAUAUUUUUUUUACAGGGCCAAUGAGGGGCAUAACCUAAUGGAGCACAGAGAUCUCACAGAUAAUUAAUGAAUAGUAUCAGAGUGUUCCUUUUAACACAGCUCUGUCUAAUUGACCGGUUUGGGGAGCAGGCUUAUAGCUGAAGCGAUUUUUAAAAAUUGCUGUAGUUUUAACCCACUCUCAGAUGAACAUCACCCAAAGCUGUGAUGUUACUUAAAAGGAACCUUUGAAAAUAAUAAUUCUUUGAAAGAAAAACACAAUCAAUUAUAUUAUAGAAAAUCAGCAUUAUGUAGAUAAGUUACUUUUUAAAAAUAUACUUAUUGAGAGAACAUCUAAAUAAUGUUCAUUUAUUUUACAGCUGGAUGAUUCAAUGGUUGCUAAAGAAUUGACCAUUUCCGACUCGGAACAUUCAGAUGCAGAAGUUUCCUAUACAGAAAAUGGAACAUUUAACCUAUCCAGAGGCCAAACACCACUUACAGAAGGCUCUGAAGGUACGCUAAAAAUAAAUGUUGUUUAUUUUUUUUUAAUUAUUAUUAUUUUGCUUCCUAUGUAUGGUUAGCUAGAUGUCCAUGUAUCUUUCUUUUUUUUAAAUUUUUUUUUUAUUCUUUAUUUUUGUUGUGCGUGUUAUACAUAGCAAUGACAUACGCCACAACAGCGUGUCUGAGAAUGUACUUAAGUUAAACAGUGGCAUGAGGAAUUGCACAGUUUUAUAUAAUAACAACAAUCAUCAGCUUGGCAAAACAGUGAAGUCAUUAGAUUAAAGUGGAAAGGUCAACGUUUAACAGUGCUAGGCUAGUUAUGCUAAAAUAGUUGUAGUGUGGUGGUGUGAUUUGCAGUGUGAUAAUAGCUGGCUUGUGUGCAAGGUUUAUACAGGUUGCGUUGCUCUUGUGUAGGCUAUUUGGAAACGGCACAUUUUUUAUUAUUAUGUUGAAACUUGCUAGUCACAUUUUUUAAGUAUAUAUUGAAAAGAGGACACGAUAAACAUAUGUCACUAAACAACAAUGAGACAACAGGCUAAGCUUUAAGUACUCUGACUGACAGCAUGGGAGUGAUUAGCCAAGGUGAGUAUCCAAUACGUAAGCAGGGUUGCAGUUAUUGCCUGCAGAUCAUUCAGUAUUUUGCAACAAGUAUUAUCACAUUAACACUAGGAUAUAUUUAUGAUUAAAACCUUAUAGAUAAAAUAGUUAGUGAUGGGUAAAGCUUAAGCACUGCAACUAUAGUUAAUUUCAUAGAGAGCGAAACAAGUAGUGUAGAUGACGCUUGUAUAAGAUAAUGUCCGCUUGAAUUAAACUUGAGAAAUCAGUAAUACAUAAAAAUAGGCAUUAUAAACAUGCUUAGUGAAAACUCCAGGUUAAUAGGAGAUUUACUGGUCAGUGACCUGAUCAGUCAGCCGAUCCCAUGCCUGGGAAACUGAAACCCUGGAAGUGGGGGUUCAAGAAGGCAGCGUAAGUCCAGAAGUUGUAAUAGUUCUCCCUCCGGCCCCAGGCUGAAUCACUGGCCAGCAGUUGUCUGCCACGGAUCCGAGUCCGCCAGCGGUCCUUAUCCUUCUCCGAUGGAGAGGGGUGGAAUACCCGAGUGGUGUGUUGCUGCAGGUAGCGGCAGCACCUCCGUCUAUGCGGAUGCCGCUUCGAGGUCGUGCUCCGCUUGGCUUGGGUGGGCUUGUCGUGGUGGAUGAGCAGGGGGUGGGGGAUUGCCCGAAGGCAGCUUUGUCUUCGCUCGGGACCCGCUGCCACCGCUCACGGUUCGAUGUUGGGGUUCAGCAGACUGCAGACGUGCCUCCAAGGAAGCCCAGAAGCGUGCAAAAUGGCUCUCGAGCCGUUGUAGCAUGUGAUUGGCUGGGUUGGAGUGCACAAGGCAAGGUAAUGUAGGCCCGACUUCGCAGGUGAUCAGCCCUGCUGCCAUCUUGGGCUGUGAAGCUGGGUGGCUCGCUGGGUUCUGCUGUGUCGGUCCGCAGGCCUGUGCAGGCUGGAAUAUCCCCCCGGCCCACUGGGGGGGGGGAGACAGGGCUGUCUAGCACAUGUAGCCGGCCUGGCACUCUCCCGCCAUGCAGCUCCCCCAUGUCUCGCCAAGGUAAUCGUUAGCGAUUGGGUACUUUGCUCUGGGCACUCGAUUCAUGGCUCCCGGGUCAGGUAACAUUUCCAGGUAGUCGAUUAGGUAUGUCGAGGUAUGCAGCUGUCAUGUAUGCCUGGUUGAAGGAUUAUUAAGCUUGGAGCUCGUGCAAAGUGCGACCAGCCGCCAUGCCGCUCAGGCCCCGCCCCCCGGAUGUCCAUGUAUCUUUCAAUUGAUUUAUUGUGGUCCUUCACGUAAUGCCAUGAUAAAGUGCAAAAAUUACCUGGAGAUGCCAGUUUGAGUUCUGUAUGCCAACUUUGGUACCUUCACCAAUAAAAACCAUAAAACGGGCCUUUCGUGGAACAGAAAAAUGUUACAUUAAUAAUAGACAUUUUAUUGAACUGGAGGGAUUGCAUACCCAUAAGACAGAGCAUACCCAUUUGGGCCUGAUACCUUAAUGGAACACUCUGUAAUACAAUCAUGUAUUCCUAUUCUUUGAGAGGUUUUAUUUCUAUAUUAUUAUAUUAUUGCCCUUAGCAUGCAGAAAAGGCAGUGUUUACAAUUGUCACCUGCACAUACAGUCUUUUUGAACAAUAACUACUACAUUAAGCUGUAGUGGUUCUGAUAUUUAGUGUGUCCUUUUAGAAUAAAUAACAAACAAUAGGUACUCUAUAAGUUCCAAGAUCUCUGUCCAUUGAAUAUAUAAUUUAUCAUAAAAUAUAGUGUCACAUAAUAUUGUUACCUGGUAAAGGAGAUUUUUAUUUGGACCCAUCUUCCCUCUAACAAUGCCAUGCUACACAGUCUAUGCACGAUGCGCUAAUGUAACCACCUGCUCAUAAACCCUGCUCAUUCUCCAAUGUGAUUGGUCCAGCUGGAGAGCAGUUUCCCAAUUCUAUUCAAUGAUGCUGACUUCAUUGCAAUCAUAGCAUGUCUCUGAUAUAUUGUUUGGACAGAUGGAUAUUCUGACCACAACCUGUUGUGUGGACGUUCUGCCAUCUGUUGCUCAAACGAACCUCCAACAAUAUUGCAAUUUACAUGUUGUCAUUAAUUUUAAGGAUGGUCUUAGCCGGUGCCUAAAUUACUAGUACACAAAAAUAGGUCCUGCUUUCAAACUCACACUACUUCUGAGUGUCAGCAAUGACCAUAGUAUACAUCAGCCCCAAUACAUACAAUAAAAACCAAAGAAAAAAAGUUACUUGUGCACUAUUCCAAAUCCCUGUGCAUAUUUAUAUAAAUGGAGAUUUUUAGUUCCACUCGAAUGGCCAUUAGAUGUAAGCCCACCUGCCAUGUCAUGAAUUACUGCAUAGUAUUUAUGUGUCUUUAUUGCUUAUGCUGAUCUUUAAAGGGACACUGUAGUCACUACAACCAUUUAAUCUCUCCGAAUUGGUUAUAGUGCCCUGGCACUGUCUCUCCAUUCAGUGUUGCACCAUGUUUAUGCAGUAUGCCACAGUAUAAGAGUCCCUGGCCAUCCACAGUCUGGCCCCUUCUGUAUGUGUAACUAAGGCAGAGAUUACACACUUCCUUGUUGUCAUACCUAAAGCAGUCAGCUGACACUCUCAGCCAAUCACAGCUGCCCAUAGCUGCUCAGGCUAAUAGUUCCUUAUUAGCCAAAGCAGCACAGAGGGGAUGGACUGCCGGGGACUCUUGUUUAGCAUUAAGACAUUAAAAACUGUUUAAUGCUGAAAGAAAUGAUGGUACCAGGGGACUCCAGACACUAUAACCAGUUUAAUAAGAUGAAGCAGAUACAGUGCAUGCGGUGUCCCUUUAAUUACCAUAACAUAAGGUAAAUGAAUUGAAUUGUAAAGCAUACAGGUUUUUUAAAAAGUAAACACAAAUUGCAUAAUCUGAAUGUUCUUUCUCUUGUUCAUUCUAAUUUUCAUUAGAUCUGGAUCGCCAUAGUGACCCUGAAGAAUCUUUUGCUCGUGACCUCCCUGAUUUCCCAUCCAUUAAUCCUGAAGCAUUGGGGAUAGAUGAUGAGGAUGACACCAGCAUUGGAAUACCAAGUAGAGCAAACCACCCACGCUUGUCUUCCACACAACUGUACGAUGAGCAGGAAUCAGAGGCAGACAUGUCUUUGGGUGGUUUCCCAGGAGCUCAACAGAUUACAGACAACAUCGCCGGCUUGGUAACCAGAGGGAUGAUACAACUGGCAUUGGCAGGUGCUACCCAGCAAGCCUCCACUUUUUUGGAUAAUCCAAGAGCCAAAACAUAUCAGAGAAACUCAAGCUCUGAACUGGACACUGAUGCAGAAGCUGAUGACUUUGAGCUACUGGAUCAAUCAGAGUUGAGCCAGAUGGACCCAGUAAACCAACGUGGCCAUCAGUGAUUAUGGAUGACAUGAAAAGGAGAGUGCCUGCCACUUCCUUAUUAUGAUUAUCUAAAAAAAACAAAACACAUUUGAUCACAUCGUAGACCUGCAUUGUCAAGCUGUGACUUCUUCUCAGUGUGCUCCCUUGUGAGGUUUCCAUUUAAUGCAGACCAACCCGGGCCGUCAUUUUUAUCACUGUGAAGUCUGGAGCUGUAGAUUAGUGAUUAUAGAAUGAAAGAUACAGUAUUUUAAAAUUGAUCCCUACUGGAUAAAUGGACUUGGUGCAAUAGUGACUCCUCUUUUCCAACCCAGAAAUUUAAUGUGGGUUUUCCUUAACAGUCUGAAUCCAUCCCCCCUCAUAAACUACAUUUAUAAAAACUACUUCUGGGUUGGUAUUACUAGUAAAGGUUUUUAAUAAGUUGUGUCUGAUGACUUGGUUGUGGGGGGCACACAUUCCAUCUAAAGUAAGGUGUUUACUUAAGUACUCUGGCUUCACGUUCAAUCCAGAGAUGGCUCUUCAUGUUAUGGGAUAACCCUUAAUUAAAUCUGUGUCUACAAUCAAUUUAAAGUCUUAGUGAAGUGUUACUCUUCCCAUGGGUUGGUAAUGUAGCUGUGAAGUGGGUUAGAUGAGAGUGUGGUGGUACCCCAAUUGCUUGUGGCUUUGAAUUUUCUUCUUUCUGGGGUACAAAUUGGACUUUGUUGUGUUAAUGUACAGUGAAGCAUUUCUUGUUGCAACCGUUUAUUCUCUCGUCUCCUUUUCUUCUCUGGUUUACCCAUUAUUUUUGUCUCGACAAAAGCACUUUUAAUUUUGAAUACAUUUUGAUCUACAUUGUUUGUGACUGCUUUAUUUUAAUUUAAUUUUUUUUUAUUUUUUUUUUUAAAUAACAACAUAAGAGAUAAGUGAACAACACUAGAUUAGAAACUUCAAAACUGCUGCUACCCUUGCAGAAGUGAAUAAUAUCCUAAAAAUAUUAUGUCUCUUUUUCUAUACCUACCUAUACACUACAGCAGUGCUCCUUAAUCCUCUCCUCAAGGAACACCUAACAAAUCCAGGAUUUAAGGAUUUACCCAGGUUGUCUAAGGUGUUUUAAAAAAUAAUCUAAAAACACCUUAGACUCUGUGUUUUGUUUUUUUUCUGAACACCUUAGACACACCUGGUAAUCCCUAAAUCCUGGACUGUUAAGUGUUCCUUGAGGAGAGGAUUGAGGAGCACUGCACCACAGGACAUGGCAUUUAUUUCAUUUUAUGAAUGCAAACUUUGGGCAGCAGCAACAUAAAGGAAAUCUAUUUUUUUGUAAGUUUAAAUAAAGAUUGUGGUACAAUAUACUCCUAAUGUGUUGCUUGUGCC